AGGCUUUCCUGGGCUCAGCCCCCCAGCUGACCCUGCAGCUGUAUAUAAGCGCCCUGCAGCAGGACGUCACUAUCGGAAGAUAAAAGGAAACAGAUUGCCCCAAGGCUGCUGUCUUCAUUUCCUCAUGGGAAGAAGAAGCAUAGCAGAGAAGAAAGACACACUCGAGGCACUGAACGUCUGCCACCAUGGGGAACUUGUUUGUGAAUGAGGGCCUCUCCAUCUUCGUCAUUCUGGUGUGGCUGGGGAUGAACGUCUUCCUCUUUGUCUGGUACUACCGGGUUUAUGAUAUUCCAGAUAAGUUCUUCUACACUCGAAAACUUCUUGGGUCAGCGCUGGCACUGGCCAGGGCCCCUGCAGCCUGCCUGAAUUUCAACUGCAUGCUGAUUCUGCUGCCAGUAUGUCGAAAUCUGCUGUCUUCCCUCAGGGGUUCCAGUGCGUGCUGCUCAACAAGGAUUCGAAGACAACUGGACAGGAACCUCACCUUUCAUAAAAUGGUGGCAUGGAUGAUUGCACUUCACACUGCGAUUCACACUAUUGCACAUCUGUUUAAUGUGGAGUGGUGUGUCAAUGCCCGAGUCAACAAUUCUGACCCUUAUUCAAUAGCACUCUCUGACAUUGGAGAUAGGCCUGGUGAAACUUACCUCAAUUUUGCUCGACAAAGAAUUAAGAAUCCUGAAGGAGGCCUGUACGUGGCUGUGACCCGGCUGGCAGGCAUCACUGGAGUUGUCAUCACACUCUGCCUCAUAUUGAUUAUCACCUCCUCCACCAAAACCAUCAGGAGGUCUUACUUUGAACUGUUUUGGUACACACACCAUCUCUUUGUGAUCUUCUUCAUUGGUCUCGCCAUCCAUGGAGCUGAGCGAAUUGUACGUGGGCAGACCGCAGAGAGUUUGUUGCAACACAAGCCAAGAGAAUGUUAUCAAAACAUCUCACAGUGGGGAAAAAUAGAUAAAUGCCCAAUCCCAACGUUCUCUGGGAACCCUCCUAUGACUUGGAAAUGGAUAGUGGGUCCCAUGUUCCUAUAUCUCUGUGAGAGGUUGGUACGGUUUUGGCGAUCUCAGCAGAAGGUGGUCAUCACCAAGGUGGUCACUCACCCUUUCAAAACCAUCGAGCUACAGAUGAAGAAAAAGGGAUUCAAGAUGGAGGUGGGCCAAUACAUUUUCGUCAAGUGCCCUGUGGUGUCCAGGCUGGAGUGGCACCCUUUCACCCUGACCUCUGCCCCCGAGGAAGACUUCUUUAGCAUCCAUAUCCGCAUCGUGGGGGACUGGACGGAGGGACUUUUCAAAGCUUGUGGCUGUGAUAAGCAGGAGUUUCAAGAUGCCUGGAAACUACCGAAGAUAGCUGUUGACGGGCCCUUCGGCACUGCCAGUGAAGAUGUGUUCAGUUACGAGGUGGUGAUGUUGGUGGGGGCAGGGAUUGGGGUCACGCCCUUUGCAUCCAUUCUCAAGUCGAUCUGGUACAAAUAUUGCAAUAAAGCCCCCAAUCUGAGGCUCAAAAAGAUCUACUUCUACUGGCUGUGCCGGGACACACAUGCCUUUGAGUGGUUUGCAGACCUGCUGCAGCUGCUGGAGAUCCAGAUGCAGGAGAAGGACAACGCCGGCUUCCUCAGCUACAACAUCUACCUCACUGGCUGGGAUGAGUCUCAGGCCAAUCACUUUGCUGUGCACCAUGACGAGGAGAAAGAUGUGAUCACAGGCCUGAAACAAAAGACCUUGUAUGGACGGCCCAACUGGGAUAAUGAGUUCAAUACCAUUGGGAGUCAACACCCCAAUACCAGAAUAGGAGUUUUCCUCUGUGGACCGGAAGCCUUGGCUGAAACCCUCAAUAAGCACUGCAUCUCCAACUCCGACUCUGGCCCCAGGGGAGUGCAUUUCAUUUUCAAUAAGGAAAAUUUCUAACUAGUCUCUUCCAUGAGGAAAUAAAUGUGGCUUGUACCGCCAAAUGCCCCAAUAAUGCUAGUUGAUAAUGUAAGUUCCCUCCUUUAAAGAAAAAGAAAGAAAGAGAAACUAUAAUGUGAUGAUUUGCCCUGAAAGGAAUGUCAAAGAUUGUUUAACAGUGAUAAAUUUGCAUUUGUAUGGGGCUUUAUGGUUUUCAGAGCAAUU